AUGUUCAGACUUAUAAUAUAUGAGCUUGAUUUUGUUUAUUGCAGAUCUAUGAACGAUAGAGCUUUAUGCGUGUUUAACAGUGCAAACUGUGUUACAGCUAUGCAUAACAUAAUCAGCGGUAAAAUAGGGAUAAAGAAAGAGCAACUUAAUAAUAAUAUUGUUCAUAUAAUAAAGAAAGAAUUACCUUUCAAAAAAUGCGAUCUAGAAAUUCGAAUUGAUGGAGAUGAAGGAUGCAAUUUUAAGAGGUUUUUAGUAAAACCUUGUCUUAAAUGCGGUAUCAGGAACCAAAAUGCAUAUUGUUAUGCAAUUGUCAUCAUUCAACUUUUCACUUUUAUUCCAGAACUCAAAUCUCGAUUGAAUGAGAUUCUUUUAAAAUGCAUUUCAUUUUAUGAUUCUAUGACAAAAAACAAUCAUCAAAUAAAAGAAAUUAACGAGCAACAAAACACUGAAACUUCGGAAAUGCAAUCAUGCCAAUCUCGAUAUAUUAAUCCUCGUAACAGUGAAGAGAAAGAUGAGUGGGAUAAGUUGAUUGAAAGUACAAGACCUUCACCUCCAGAUGAAUGGGAUGAAUUGAUUGCAGCGAUGCAGAAGUCGUCUGCUAAUAUAAAUCAUCAUAAAGUGGAAGAGGUAUCCGUUGAAAAAGAAAAUAUCCCAAAUUAUGAAAUGACAGUCGAAGAAAACCAUGCAUAUUUAACAAUGCAAUCCCUUUAUGGUUUGAUUAAUCGCGGAUUCAAUAAAUUGGGAAGAAUUGACGUAUUUCUUGAUUGCUUUUACUGUGGUUUAGAUCCAGAUUUUCAAACUGAUGAACCUAUUGUUUUCAUUGAAACUCUUUUUGAAAUCUUUUCAAGAGUAAAUGAAGAAGCAAUAGGUAUAAACUGCAGAGAAUUUUACCAUAAUUUGGUCUAUGCAACUGAGAACAAGUUAUCCUUAAAUUGGAUAUCGCAUUCAUAUGAUUGUCGACCAGAAAAUGCUCCCGAAUAUUUAUUUUUGGAGAUUUUCGAUUGCCAAACAUGUUUAGUUCCCAGACAUUUUUCUUUUAACUCAGAGAUAACGUAUUUCCCUGUUGCCUUCAUCAUGAAUCCCCUAUUUCAACAUUAUGCGCAUUUUUAUAUUUUAAUCAAAUAUAAAGAAGGAGCUUGGCAUUAUCUCAAUGAUUCCAAUUACGAAUUAUGGCCUUUUUCCAUAGUCAAGACUGAUAUUGAAAAGAAUCUCAACAAAAACUAUGCGUUUAUUGGAGUUUACCAGAAACGUGAAAGGAUAAGAGCUUAG